AUGCGUUACAUUACUCUCAUUGGUGCCAUUUGCCUUGCUACCACCUCCACGGUGUCUGCCUUGGAUAAAAUCAUUGCCUAUGCUGAUAGUUUCACUGACAAUGGCAAUGAUUACAAGCAUAGUGGUUUCCCUCCUUCCCCUCCUUACUGGAAAGGCCGUUUCUCCAAUGGACCUACAUGGCUCGAGCAUGUUGCUGAUGCUCUUCCCGACACCAAGGUGAUCAACAAUGGCCAUGGUGGUGCUACCACCGAUAAUGCCCAUGCCUAUAGCGAGUUUAAUGGCUAUGUGGUUCCUGGCACGUUGCAACAAGCUGAGAACAUUGAAGUGAACGGCACUCCCGACGAUUUGUAUAUCAUUUACGUUGGCUACAAUGACUUGAAUGCUAUCCUUAACCCUGACAUGUACAAGGUUGUCAAGAAGAACUUUACUAUUGAGGAUGUCGCCAACGGUGCUGUCAAGACCGCUGAAAAGUUGAAGGAAAAGUAUGGUGCCAAGGAAUUCUGUGUCAUGAAUGUUCCUCCUUUCUAUCACUGGCCUGUUAUCGAAGAAGGCGACAAGGCCAAGGCCAAGAAGCUUAUCAACGACUACAACGAUCUUUCCAAGUCUAAGUUUGAAGAAAUUGAGGGUAUCAAUGUCAAGUUUUUGGACGACAAUGCCUUUUUCGAAGAUUUGAUUGCCAACGCCGAAAAGCUUGGAUUGAGCACAGAUAACGGUCCUUGUGAUCCUGGUAUUGGCAAGACCAACGUUUGCGAUGAUCCCAAGAAACACUUUUACUGGGAUAGCUAUCAUCCCGAAGCAAAGGCUCACAAGGCUUUGGGUGAAUGGGCUCUCAAGAAUCUCAAGAAGAACUAUGAUUUCUAG